AUGCCAGUGUCUUCGGUUGAUAAGAUUAUUCUUCCUGAACGCCCUGCUGCUCUGCGAUAUUGUACGCAAAUAGCUUUUCCUUACAAACUCGUGGUUUCCACUUAUGAACUCAAAGGUGGCCUCCGAAGAGGUUCGUUGUGGUUUGUAGAUGACAGCCAUAGUAAAAUUAAGAAUCUUCAAAUGUCUGCCGGAGUAUUUCGUUUCGAUUUAUUUCCCGAUGGCAUAACGUUGGUUGCAUCGCUAACAAACGGCUGCUUGAGUACGGUCAAUUUGGAAUCAUUUUCUGCCACCGACCUCCUAGUCAGUAUGGAUGCUAUGCUCCUUAGCGCGUGUGUGUCUCAGCAACAGGUGCUUUGCUCCGACAAUUUUGGGAAUGUUCAUGUGGUGGACCUGCUUUCAGGUAGCCCUUUAUUUCGUACUCCGUGUGAAGUGUGGUGUGCUACUUGGCUUAAUGACAUCAAUUAUAUUGCUUCCGGUGGUGAAGAUGCUCUCCUCAAACUUUGGGAUGUAAGAUGUAGUUGUCAGCCAGUGGCUUGCAACUCGUCACACGAAAGUGGAGUUGUAUUUGUGAGGAAAGAAGACGACAACUACCUCAUCACAGGUUCUUACGAUGAAAAUAUUCGCAGAUUCGACGUCCGCAAGUUGGAAAAACCUCUACGUGAUUUGCAGCUGAACGGCGGUGUCUGGAAUGUCGAAGAAACAAGUGAGUCGAAACUGUUAGCAGCUUGUAUGUACAACGGGUGGAUUCUACUUGAUAAAACAACAUUUUCGAUUUUGGAAAGAAAAAGCGACGCUGGAGACUUCAUACUAUAUGGAGCAGUUGAGUGUAACGAUCCGUCACUGAUAGCUUCUUGUACUUUCAAUAACUACACUGUGCACUUUGACAAAAUAACCAGUUAG